AUGAUCUCUCUCGUUGGCUUCGACCUCGAUGGAACGCUCGCCGAGAGCAAGCAACCACUGAAAGACUCCAUGGCAGAGGCCCUUGCCGACCUCCUGUCUGUCGCCCAUGUCGCCGUCAUCUCGGGUGGUGACUGGCCACAGUUCCAAAAGCAGGUCGCAAGCCGUCUGCCGGCGCGCGCCGACCUGUCCAAGCUGUGGCUUAUGCCGACGACCGGCACCAAGCUCUACACACACCGGAACGGCGAGUGGGGGGUGGUGUACGCCGAGCUUUUCAGCGAAGAUGUGCGUGAGGAGAUCAUUGACGCCUUCCAGGCGUCGCUCGAAGCGACCGGCUUUGAGCCCCAACAAACUUGGGGUGAGCGAAUCGAGGACCGCGGCAGUCAGAUCACCUUCUCCGCGCUGGGUCAGCAGGCCCCUAUCGCCGAGAAGGAGCACUGGGACCCGGACUUCGCCAAACGCAAGAUCAUCCAGGCAGACCUGCACAAACGUCUGCCCGGUCUGUCCAUCAACAUGGGCGGCGCCACCUCCAUCGACAUCACCAAGGAGGGCGUCGAUAAGGGCUACGGUCUGAAGCGACUCCGCGACGCCAGCGGCAUCCCUCUCGAGCAGAUGAUGUUUAUUGGCGACGCCAUCUUCCCCGGCGGCAACGACUAUCCAGCGAAGCAGAUCGGCCUUAAGACGGUGCGGGUACGGGACCCCAACGACACACUUACUGCCAUUGCCGCCAUUGUCGCUUGUCUUCAGUAG